UUCGUGAGCAACUUGGGCGCAGCUGCGCGGCAACGUCUGUUCUCUUUGGUGCAAUCGUCAUCACCUAUCGAACCUCUAAAGUUCAGCAUUUGGGGGUGCCCGAUCCUCUUUCUCUCCUGUCUCGUUUCUCACUUUGUUUAUUCCUUUUCCAAGAAUAUCCACAACUUUCGAUUUCUACCCACACCAGCCCAGCGUUCACACACCAUGGGCGGCAGUGGUCAAUACUACGAUACAGCCGAUUUCAGCAAUUGGAAACGGAAACAGGGCAGCCUGUACAGGAUACCGCCUAGGUCAAAUUUUCUGGCCGCGAUAAACCACAUCAGACUCCUCCUCGAUGGCAAGAAGAUCAAUUGGGCCGCCAUGGGCGGUCUGGCCAUGCUCUGUUUGGGCUCACGGCGCGAAAUGCCAGACAUCCACAUUGUUUACGAUGACAGAGAGUAUUCACGCUUGAAGGCCAAGCUUGAGGGAGAUGCACGAAUUCGUUUGCCGACUAGCAUGAAUCCGUUGUUCCCUUCCAAAAUCUUGGUGUCGACCGGGCCAAAAUUCAGGGACACUGCUUGUUCAGAGAAUAUCGAUGUCGAGUUGGAUCUGAUCCCGCCAGGAUCUCAUGGAACCCCACCGAGCGAACUUUUACGAAACAACCAAGUCAUGUUAAGCCUGAAUGUGGACGGCGUAACCAUAGCUAUCAAAAGCUUGAACCUACUCUACCUGACAAAGACUUCGAUCAAUUACUGCAAAAGCCGAGAUCUGGUCUGGGAUCCGAGGAAGGACCUUCUGUUCCUGUGUCGCAAUUACGGAAAAGAGAUUGGGCUGAUGAGAGAUCAACUGGACGCUCGCGAAGUUCAGGACCGUUUCCUCGGAACGCCAUAUCUUUCAAGAGUGUCGUCGGAAGAAAGAAGGUUGUGUUAUAAUGUAUUGCUCGGUAGAGAUCCCCCACCGGCCAUGUCACUCACUCCAUCAGCGGGCAACGAUCGGCCACAGAUAACGCCGCAUAAAUCAUCUCCUGCUCUCAACAGCACUUUUCACCACUCUUCAGACCUUCUCAUACCACCACCACCGGGCAAAACGAGGCCGAACCCUCAGAACCAACCACCGAACAGUUCUCCUCAUCAAGGACCACAUGUAUCUUCAAGGACGGAUCAAGACACUCGAUCGAGGUAUCGUACGCACAACAGUGCACCCAAUACUCCGAUAGGUAGUCCAGAAGCAACACCUCCACAAUCUUUACGACCCAAGUCCAUGGACCCCAGAGGUUCCCAACAGCAACACCCAAGAGGUGGCUCACCCCAACGCGCGCAUGUGGUUGCUUCACAAAUAAUUUCUCAAGCUUCCAAUAAUAUAAUAGCGCAAGCUGCAAACAACAGUGCGUCAUCGCCUACAGGAGUAGUCCGUUCACAACAGUCCAUGCCUACAAUGUCAGGCCGGCCGGCAGGAAGCGUGCCUAAUUAUGCAUACACUCAGUCGGCUUUGCCUCCAAUAAGCCAAACGCACCAGAAUAUGUCUCAGAAACCAGCUCCAAGAGGGCUGUUGCCAGGUUUCUCUCCAACGCAACAUCCGAGACCUAGGGAGGGGCCUCCAAACAGUCAAACAAACCUGCCGCCAAGUCAGGGGAGAUCUCAAGCCCCUUCAAUGAAGAAUAUCCACUCCAUAACACCGCCUCAUGGCCAAACAGUCAUUUCGGUCCAUGGAGUAAACCAGUCCCAUAUCUAUCAUCAAUCACACCAGAAUAAGCCUCAUGCCCUGAGCCCCUCAAAGGGUCUGGACAACACAACUUCAUCGUUUGUCUUUGAAUUAGACGCAAGCUCGGCACAAACUGUACAAUCUCCUCAGAAUAACCCGUCCAGCGAAUUCAUCGCAGAACUACCAGCUGAAAUGGAUUGCUCACCUGUAGGUGUUUUGCAUGAUCAAAACUCGCCAAUUAGCCCGCCUAGUGAGAAUGCCCAUCUUGCUUCCGCCACUAAUACACACAUGAACAACGAAUACCCAAUACGACAGGAACAAUCGUCUCAGGAAGCUCAACGUCUGCCACAGCCUCCAGCACAAGAAAGCCCCCUUCUUGUUGUACAGGCUCCGCCACCCAACUUGCGUAGUCAAUCGGAUCCAUUAGGAGCGCUUCCAACGAGCCUUACCAUAGGCGGCCAGGGAAAGCGUCGCUCUCCAACAAAUUCGGUAUAUAGUUCAGCAGGGCAGCAGCAAUCGCCGCACCAACCCAAGGAUUAUGAGCGACUUGACUCGUCUUCUUUGUCUCCAAAUAGCAGUCAAGCUUCUUCGAGGCGCGUGUCAGCGUACAAGGCCUAUUCCGCAUCCAUGGGCCCACCGAAUCAUGCAGCUCCUAUACACCCCCUCUUACAAUACUCGCCACCAAACCAGCUUAGUUCAUCUAUCGCUCCGCCUAAUCCGCCACCGAACACGGAUGCACCAAAUCUCACCCCCAGUCACUCGCAAGAACGAUCAUCAGUUGGUCAAACGCCUAGUAUUCUGAUAGCUGGUGCGCCCAAACCAUUGCAAAUAACACCAAGAAAUCUGCUGCCUAACCCAUUAGGAGCAAACCCUCCGACGCCUCCAAUGACAGAAACAAGGCACAACUCGCGCCAGAGCGACAAAGAGUAUGCCGUGGAUAUAGAAUCGCUCUCUAGAGACACACAUCUGCUAUCGCCCCUUUUGUCCGCUCAACAAAUCAAUCAAUACACCGGCCACCCACAACAGUCUCAAUCCGGACCACUAUACAUCCCUCCAACGUAUGACGCUUACACACCCAACCACCAGCGCAGCGUCUCAGCUGAUUCUCACGCGUCGUCCGCUUCGCAUGAUUCACAGAAAUUGGCACAGGAGUAUCAGAUGGACCUGCCUACUUACGGCAACGGGUAUGCUAGCGGCGGGAAAGGUGGUGCUCCGAAAGAUCCGGCAAUGACCAUCAGUGACGACUACGCCAACCGAUGA